AUGGUUCUGCCAUGUGGAUGAUGAUAACUACGUGAACAUACGUCCCCUUGUGAAGCUCCUGUCUCACUACAGCCACACCCACGACGUCUACAUUGGCCGGCCGAGCCUCGGCCGACCGCUAGAAGCCACCGAGAGGUUUGGCGACGCCCACACGCGUCCAGUGCGUUUCUGGUUUGCCACAGGAGGAGCAGGGUUCUGUGUUAGUCGAGGUCUCGCCCUCAAGAUGAGCCCCUGGGCCAGUGGAGGUAAUUUCAUGACAACAGCUGAUCGUAUUCAUCUCCCUGACGACUGUACGGUUGGUUACAUCAUCGAGGCGUUGCUAGGGGUGGGUCUUAUCCGCUCCCCACUGUUCCACUCUCACCUGGAGAACCUUCAGCUGGUGUCACCGACACAGAUACACCACCAGGUGACUCUGAGUUAUGGAACGUUUGACAGUAAGAGAAACAUAAUCAAUAUAAGAGGAGCGCUCUCAUUGGACGAAGACCCUACCAGGUUCAGGUCUGUCCAUUGUAUCUUAUACCCAGACACUCCGUGGUGUUCAGCCCUGACCUGGUACUGAGGUACUGACCCCACCAGUCCAGAGACACAGAAAGAGGGGAGAAGACGAGAGAUGGAGCAAAGACAUGGAAGGGGCGAUGGGCAAAGGAGAGAAGUGGAGAAGAGAGACUAGAGAUAUUGAUGAAUGGACAGACAGAGGAGAGAACAGGAGAAACAGCCAAUAGCCUCCCUCUGUAUGGUUCCAGAAUGAUGAUGUCAUGAUACGGUGCCUUCUGACCAUAGAACGGCUUUCUCCAGCUCUCAUGUCCUGCUUGGUGUCACAGGGAUGGAGUUGGAUCGUUUUGGGGUUCCUAGGGCCUCGGGGGGGGGGGGGGGUGGCACCUCAUGGGACGACACUGGAUCUCUCCGUCACCGGAUCCUUACGCCCUCUAACCCUUGACCUCUAACCCCUAGUCCCUCCCAGAGAGGCCUGGUGGGGGGAAGAGACGAGCGCGACGUCGUUGUGAAGUUGCUGAUUGCAGAUGGCUCUGUGUGUUGCAGCUCUAACAGAGAGCCUCUGUUUUAAGGCUGUUGUGUCGCUCCGCUUUGUAGCCUGAGUUCCAGUCUGUUUUUGUGCUGUCAUCAACUCCUUGCCACGAACUCAAUGUCACGUUUGUCUCGUCCACGACAGCGAUGUAGUUGGCAUGGUAACACAAACAGAUCUGGGACCAGGCUAUCUAUUUUGUGAGUAGAAGUUGUCAUUUUUUCCCCCCCUUGGUUGCUAAGGAGAAUGGUUCUACAUCCUCUUUGGUGUUCCACGUUCCUCUUCCUGCAUCUUGGUUGCUAAGGAGAAUGGUUCUACAUCCUCUUUGGUGUUCCACAUUCCUCUUCCUGCAUCUUGGAGGCUGAAGGAUGUACAAACUGUGUACUGUUUUUUUUUUCCUUUUCAAUAUUCUUCCCAAAAUUAAGGUUUAUUGUGGAUAAAAAUAAUAAUAAUAAUGUCAACAGACUCCAUAUCUCUACCAGACCAGUGAAGUGGUGUGUUUUACUGCUCGUUGUUAAACAGUUGAUUGUUUAUAACUUUUCAGUAUUAUCUUGUUAUUCCAUCAGACAGCUGUCAAUCAGACCACAGUAAUAAUGACUUGGAGUUGGAUGGUGACCAAGCACUUUGCUGGGAGUUCUGAAGCACCAGGGACUGUGUACAUAAAGCAGGUCUCAGAAUCGGGCUGCUGGUCUAGGAUCAGGUGCCCUCUCUUAUUCAUUAUAAUCUAAACGGCCAAACUGAUCCUAAAUCAGCACUCUUACUCUGACAUUCUUUAUGAAUAUGGUUCCAGAAAUCCCAUUGGGGGGGGAGGCUUUAAACCCAACAUAACAUCCUACUGUAUUGAAGACAGACUAUGCAUUUUGUUACCAUGACGAUAUAUAUAUCUCAUGUCCAUUUGUAAACAGAGGAAUGUAGAAGGAGUAGAACGGGCCUCCCUAUUCAUGUCAACGAUGUCAUAAUGGGCAGACAGGCAGGCGUUCUAGGUCUAUGUUUAGUAGUGGAAUCAUGAGGCGUGUUGGGAGGGAUCAGAGAGGUGGAAACAGAAAUAGAAUGACUAGAACAGUCUCGGAACCUUUAACCCUGGUCAUUUGACUGGUGGGUCCUCUCACAUUGGCCGCCAGUCCACCCAUCAUGCCGUCAUAAUGGACCUGUUCUAUGGGCCCGGUCCAUGGAUUGUGUUUGUAUGAGCCGGAACACGUACAUGUUCUCGUGUUCUUAAUAAGUGUUCUGAUGACCUCUCCUCUCUCUGUGAGGUAAUUAUUGACCCAUAAUGGGUUUCUGAUUGGAGAUUGUUAAUGAGAAGUGCUUCUCCUGGACUGGGCCUCUAUAGAUAAACACCUGUUCUGUUUUGACCACUGAACAUCAUCUGCUUCAGUCAUGUGUUUCUAUAUUAUUCUUUUGAUCAGGACGGUUUCUGAUUGGGAUUUUACUGUGUUGUUGUUGUCUUU